AUGGUGAAAAGCGAGGAUUACAGUUCUUCACCUUUGGAAAACACCGAAAAAGCAAAGAAGGUUCAAAGUAAAGAAUGGGAAAAAGUCCCCACUAUAUAUCGAUCUCCACUAUUACAAACUUCAAAUAAACAUGAAGAAUAUCAAUAUUUAAAUCUCAUUCGUUAUAUUAUGGAAUUUGGAGAACACCGUGAGGAUCGAACCGGCACUGGAACAAUUUCUGUUUUUGCUCCACCACAACUACGCUUUUCACUUCGUAACAAUGUUAUUCCACUUUUAACUACCAAACGUGUUUUUACACGGGCAGUAAUAGAAGAAUUGCUUUGGUUUAUUAAAGGAGAUACAAAUAGUAACCAUUUAACCGAAAGAAAUAUUAAAAUUUGGGAUGGUAACGGUUCACGCGAAUAUUUAGAUAAAAUUGGUUUGAAUCAUAGAAAGCAAGGAGAUUUAGGACCAGUUUAUGGAUUUCAGUGGCGUCAUUUUGGAGCAGAAUAUGUUGAUUGUGAUGCUGAUUAUUCUUUUCAAGGCGUUGAUCAACUUCAAGAAGUUAUCGAUAAAAUCAAAUAUAGUCCAAAUGAUAGACGAAUAAUUUUAAGUGCCUGGAACCCUGCUGAUUUAAAGAAAAUGGCACUUCCUCCAUGUCAUAUGUUUUGUCAAUUUUAUGUGUCUAAUAUAAAAAGUGAACCUUCCAAAAGAUCUUUAUCAUGUCUUCUUUAUCAACGUUCUUGUGAUAUGGGUCUAGGAGUACCAUUCAAUAUCUCGAGUUACGCGUUUUUGACAAGAAUGAUUGCUCAUGUUACAGGUCUUUUACCAGGAGAAUUAAUUCAUACUAUGGGAGAUGCACAUAUAUACAAAGAUCAUAUCAAUGCACUUCAAAUUCAAAUCGAACGAGUUCCCCGAGAAUUUCCUAGUUUAGAAUUUAAACGUGAAAUAACAAACAUAGAUGAUUUCAAAUACGAAGAUUUUAAUAUUAAGGAAUAUAAUCCUUACGGUGCAAUAAAAAUGAAAAUGUCGGUUUAA